AUGCUGCAACUCAACUACAGCAAGUAUGUCUACCAAGGCGGCGACUUGGGUGGCAUCAUCUUCCACUGCCAAGCAACCCAGUUCCCAGACGACUUGAUUUCAGGACACUCGAACUUCUGGCUCAUAGGUCUCACCGCCGAUGAUCUUGCACGUUACAAAGCCAACCAAACAACCGUCGAUGAAACCACGUACCUCAAUAAUCUCGAGAACUACAUCACCAACUCCUCCGGCUACCGCAAAAUGCAGCAAACACACCCUCUGGUCCUCGCAUAUGCACUUACAGACCUCCCCCCGGGCUAUGCCAUGUGGAUCUACAGCAUCAUGCGCGAAGCUGUCGACCCAAGUCUACCUGACUGGACGGCAGAUCAGAUCAUUACAUGGUCGCUCAUGUAUUUGAUCCACGAUCCCUACGCCGGCUUACGGAUACAAAAAGAGAUGCUUGCAGAGGGCGCAUUUGCACCGCUUGAGGAGGGGGGCGGCCUGCUACCGUAUGUCAAGCAGCCUGUGGCAAUCAGCGAGUUCCCGUAUGAUUUAUGGUAG